GUCCAUCCAAUCUACCUUAUAGUAGCUGGUUCUUCUCUACAAGGAAGGAAAAACUAGGAGUGCUGCUUCCCAUCAUCCCUUCCCUGUCCUUCUCUCAAGAAAAUUAACUCAGGCAGAGGAGCUGAGAGGGAUGACAGGUUUCCCAAGAGCAAAUGAAUCAGCUCAUAUUUCAAUUGAGAUGGAAAAUGUUGGUGCAGAACAUACGGAUAUGGUGGCAGCUUCAAUAGAAGGAAUGCUAGACAGCUUACCUCUCCUGUCAUCUGAGUGUUGUAUCUACAGAGUUCCUGAGAAACUCCGCAAAUUUAAUGGCGGAGAAGCCUACACUCCUCGUGCAGUAUCAAUCGGCCCUCUUCACCGAAGGCAUAAGAACUUGCAAGCUAUGACAGAGCAUAAACUAAGGUACCUACAAAGUUUUCUAUCCCAGAUAAGAUUGAGCUUAGGGGAGUAUAUUAAACAUGUGAGGACUUGGGAAGGAAGAGCCCGUGGCUGUUAUGCAGAAACCAUUGAUCUAAGCAGUGACGAGUUUGUGAAAAUGUUAGUAAUGGAUGGAAGUUUCAUUGUUGAGCUACUCUUGAGGUCCCAUUUUGGUGAUAUUAAUGAUCAAAUGGAUCGCAUAUUUGGUAACCCAUGGAUGAUUGAUGAUGUGGGGCGCGACAUGAUAUUACUUGAAAAUCAACUUCCAUUCUUUGUUCUCAAGGGUAUGCUUGACCUGGUCAUGGACAAUAACGGUGAGGAAAUACCUUCCAUCCUUAAGCUCACUUACAAACACUUCAAGAGUUUUUUGACUCUAAACAAAUAUCCUGAUAACAUCUCCACAAAUGAGGUAAAGCAUUUUCCGGAUUUUUUGAGACACUGUCAUUUGCCUUCAUCACCAAACGGGUGGCAGAAGUGUGAUCCAGCGAUUGAAUUCUCUCCGAGUGCAACAAGACUUCAUGAAGCUGGCAUCAAAUUUGAAGUGAAGAAAAACAGCAGCUGUUUAUUUGAUGUCGAGUUCACUAAUGGAGUUCUUCAAAUCCCAUAUUUGGAAAUAGAUGACUUGACAGAAACUUUGUUCCGAAACCUAAUCGCCUACGAGCAAUGUCACUGCAAAGAAAAGUACAUAAUCCACUACAUGGCCCUCAUCGAUAGCAUGAUCAACACUCACAAGGAUGUGGACUUACUAAUCCACCAUAGAAUUAUCACAAGCCGGCUGGGAAGCAAUGAAGAUGUGAUGAUGCUGUUCAACAAUAUCUGUAAAGAGGUGGUUUUUGGUCACAAAGUCUAUUUCCUCACUCUUUGUAAGAACCUGAACGCAUAUUGCAGGACUCCUUGGCACAGGUGGAAGGCAAAUUUGAAAAGAGACUAUUUCCAUUCUCCCUGGGCAGUUGUCUCUGUUGUUGCUGCUGUUAUACUUCUCAUGCUCACUUUCAUACAGUCUGUGUGCUCUAUUAUAUCUGUAUGAUUUCUCACCUCAAAGCCUUAUGUAGAUUCAUUCUUGGUCUUUGGUCUUUGAAAUUAAUAGAUAGUGAUAAUG